AAUUCCAGUUGCACAAGAUGGUGAAACUCGCUUUCAACUCCGCUCUCGGACAGAAGGAUUCUAAAAAAAAAAAAAAGGAUCACGCGUGUCAGCUGAGGGAUGUGGAGCCGACGGUUGCCCCGUAUCAGGAAGCCGUCCAGGGCCUGGGUUGCUGGUGCACCUCGUGUUGGCCGUCUGGCCAUUCUUCUGCGUCCCUGGUGUGGUCGUGGCGCGGAGCUUGCCUGUACAGGUAUCGACUGACACAUGAGAGGAUGUAUUUCUGUGGGGUGAACUACCGUGAGGAAAAUUACAAGAUGCAGGACAGCCAGGAGGAACCUGACAUGGCCAUUUGCCAGCCGCAUACAAGAAGGGUUGAGGCGCGAGUGAGGGUUCUGGAGGAUGAGGGUGUGGAGAUCAUUAACAUCCCGGUGCCCAAGUUCAGCGGACAGUGGACCCCUGCUGACAUCGUUCAGGACUCAAACAGAAGACUGGAAGCAUAUCUGGCUCUGCGUUUGAACAAAUGCUACGUCACUUCCUCCACACCAAACACUCUGUUGUGGAUGCCGCCCAGAGACUUACUGGAGCUUCUUGUCAACAUCAAGUGUAACUGCAGCAAACACUGCUAUCUUAUAAUUGAGGCUCUUCGCAAUAGCCAUCCCUUUAGCUGGCAAACCACCGGACCAAUGCCGCAGUCCUACCUGGUACGUGGAAAAGAUGGUAGUGGACCGGAAGCUGGAGCCCCAUAUAAAGAUCAGAUAUUGAACUCUGACCACACAAGCCACACACAUUCACCAUACCAUUUUUCUCUUUUCACAGGUAUCCAGAAGCGAGAGGCGCUCAACUGCCACAAGAUUCUCCACUUUGAGAAUAAGUUUGUGGUUGAGACGCUUAUCUGUGAGCGUAGGGGGGUGGGGUGA